CAGCAUUAGAUAAAGAAAUCAAAUUUCUUGAUGGUCAGGGUGGUGAAUGUAAAGAACUAUGGUGUCCUAUCCAAAGAGAAUUGGCUGAAUUGUUUUGCAAUCAUUUCUCUGACAGACAUGAUGAUAUAUUUGUUUUAUGUCCAUCUGAAUUAACUGCCAGUAAAAUUCUACUUGAUCGUGAUAUCGACAAUAACGUUUUUAUCUCCGGCUUCCUUGCUUGGGAUUGUACUGGUUCAUUACCGAUAGAAUGUCUUUUCCAAAAUCCUACAUGGAUCAGGAAUAACAGCGUUGAUAGUUUGAAAUUUUCAGAUGAAAAAAAAAGUGAAAAUCUUCAAUUACAAUAUUUCUUUUGUCGUGAAUUAUACUCACGUGAUCCAGACAUUGAAUUUAUUUGUGGAGAUGAAGUGAGAGCUCGAUUUUUCUCAAUUAUUCUCCGACAUUUCUUACAUCCUUGGUCUAUUUCCGAAUUUAUACAAGAAUUACGCGAAACGAUUGAAGAAGAAAUGGAAAGUGAAUGGACAAAAUAUGAUGAGGAGGAAGGUUAUAUUAGAUAUGAUGUGUCAAAGUACAAUUUAAAUGAAAUUGAAUGCGAAAGAAUAUCAAAUUUUAAGAUUUUUGGUGAGAAUGAAAGGGAAUACGAGAAUAAUCAAGACGAUGG